AGAUUUUUAUAUACAAAAGACCAAAAACAAAAAAGUCUUUGCAGAAAUUUCAAUCGUUUUGUUGUGUGUACAGAGAGAUUAUCGUGUUUUGUUGGCAAUCGCCAUUAAACCUUCUUCUUCUUCUACCCAAUCAAUUUGCGGCUCUUUCCUUUAUCUUCUCUCCUCGGUUUUAGCAAACCAUUUUUUUCCUUUCGUUAUCUUCUUCCUCAAGCAAUUUUCCUCGGAUUUUAUUUUUUUUGGAUUACAGUGGUGGUGAUGAUGAGAAGGCAACGAGAUGAACAACAAUCUAGGGUUUUCUACGAUCUAUCAGCUCUUGUUUUGAAUCUUCUCCGUUCUCCUCCUAUGCCGAUUUCUUUACCUGAUCAUUUCCCCGAUCCGCCGGCUAGAAUUCGUCCUCCCUCUUCGUCUUCGCCUUCCAUGGCUCAUAUUUCACCGUCUGGGUUCGCGUCGUUGCUUCUUGGUAUAUCUGUGGCUCUUAUGCUCUGUGGAUCUGUGACUUUCUUCAUCGGGUUUCUUCUGAUGCCUUGGGUUAUUGCUCUGAUUAUGGUUUUCUAUGUCGCUGGCAUCGUUUCCGCCAUUUCCAUGGUUGGGAGGUCGAUUCUCUGUUACGUCUUGACGCCUCCUUCUCCCUCCGGAAAAGAGAUUUCUGAAUGGAAGCUUCUGUGAAGUGACAAACAACAAACGGUGAAGCUAUACAUCAUCCGGAAGCAGAGCAGAGCGAAGCAGAACCAAAAAAGAGAAGGAUUGAUUAUAUAAACAUAUAUAUAUAUAUAUAUAUAUAUAUAUCCAUUAGAGUUUUUCUAUGUUCGUUAUCUAUAUUUUGUUGGGGGGUUUGGGAAAAUCAUGUGGAUAUCAGGGAGUUUAUAUUCUUACUAUUUCGAAAAGGAAUUUUUCUAUUUUACUACUGUUAGAAAUAGAGAAGCCUUCUUAUUUGUGCUUUCAUGGAUGUCGUUAUUAUGUAACAUGAUUUCUUAAAGCAUACAAAAAGAUUUUAGGAUUUCUGUUGCAA